AUGUGCGAUGGAGUCAAAAUACACAGCGUUAGGAACCUUCCAUCAGUCUCGCAGACAGAUGUACAUCGAACGGGCGUUUCAGGCAAUAUUACCAACUUCACACUAAAUUCUGCAAAUGUGAUCGUGACUCCCAUUCUGGGUGAGGAGCUCAUUCUCUCCGGUACCUAUCAGUGCACUCACAGCUCCAAGGGUGACCCAAAUUUGGUAUUGGUGAUCUAUAUACUCAACACUGCAUGUGAGGUCUUCGCACUGUGUCUUGCCGUCUGGAUUGCUGUAAAAAAAUUCCGUGACAAUUCGGCACAUCUACCUUUGUGGAUUGUCUCAGAGUUGAUAAAAUCACACGUGCUUUACUUUGGAAGUUUUUUUGCUUCAGCAAUCGCGGACUCAAAUUCCAUGGGAGUUGUCAUAUAUUCUGGCAGUUCUGUCAUUAUCGCUGUGGUGCAGAUGUUUGUACUGGGUCCACGCCUCAUUCUUGACGUUCGAGAAUUCUACGCUAAACUUGAGCAUGUGCACAUAUGGCAGCUGCGUGUAGCACGGGAAUCCUUACAUUCGCCUGGGGUAAGGAGUCCGGGAAUGGUCAGACUCCUUCAGGGACAGAUUCACACCAGGUUUAUUCCAACCCUAUUACGUCCCGCCAGGAGUAACAGCUACGAUUCAUCAUCUCCGCUCAUCCAUUUCACUGGUUCUCGGUUCAACUCCUUUGACAAUAUACCGAUGAGAAAGGAGCUGCUACACCGCCGGAUGACGUUCGUGGGCACUGGUAUCGAGUGGUUUGGUGAUCUGGACAGGAGUCACGGAAUCGUUGCGGUAUUCAUCGACGGGAAAAAGUUCAGAAGAUCUGUACCUGCAGCAACAUCAUGA